UGACUUUUGUGAAAGAAAAGUGGAAAUUUUCGUGUUUUGGGCCGAUUUUUCCCAAAAAUGUAUUCGCGGAGGGAAGAAUUAGGUGCCAAUUUUGAAAUUUUGAGGGAAAAUUUGGUAGAAAGAGGUGCAAUUGUGCACGAACAUGUUAAUCGCAACCAAUUUGAGAACCUGAGGUCAGUGGAGGAAAUUCCUCCCCCUUAUCGCGAAAUAUUUUCCGAAUUUUCCCACUUCAAUAUCAUCCAGUCGAAAGUAAUCGACGAUGUAUUGCACACAGACCAUUCUCUGGUUGUCUCCGCGCCUACUGGUGGUGGCAAAACCACGAUUUUCGAACUCGCAAUAGUACGACUUUUGAUAUCUUUAGAACACACCCAAUUUUCCACCCCUUUUAAAAUCGUCUACAUUUGCCCUAUGAAAGCCCUUUGCGAGGAACGACUCGUCGACUGGCACAAGAAAUUCAGAAAUUUUGGCCUCAACGCGAUCGCCGUAACGGGUGACAGCGAACACGUAGAAGUCCAAAAUCUUCUCAACCACAAUCUUAUAAUAACCACCCCCGAGAAGUGGGACUGUGUUACUCGUAGGUGGCGCGACAGCGAGACUUUCAAACUCGUCAAAAUCAUCAAACUGGUCAUGAUCGACGAGAUUCAUUUGUUGAACGAGGAGUUCAGGGGGUCCACACUUGAAACAAUCGUUUGUCGCAUGAAAACUAUCGAAGAAUCGAACUUGGAUGACGAUUUGAGCAAAAUUAGAUUCGUGGCUGUGUCUGCCACUGUUCCUAAUAUCGAAGAUGUGGCAGAAUGGCUAGGAACUAACUCGAAGUGCCACAAGUUCUCGGGGGAUUAUAGACCGGUCAAACUCAAUAAGAUCGUCUUGGGGUAUCAUAAUACCCAGUCAAAAACAAGUCCCUUCAAGUUUGAUUUGUCUUUGAACUAUAAACUGCAGUCGCUGAUAAUGCAGUACUCUCAUGGAAAGCCUACACUAAUCUUCUGCGGUACUCGCAAAAUCGUUGAAAUGACCGCCAAGCACAUUUUGCACCACUUGACUAUAAAUUUAAAGGAAGACCAGAAGCAGUGUUUGGUGGAAGCAGCAAACUCCAUCUCCGAUGUCAAAGUAAAGGAGACUUUAGUUCAUGGUGUCGGGUACCACCACGCCGGGAUGUUACCACAAACCCGACGCGUCGUCGAAACCCUAUUCCGCAACGGCGAUUUACCCAUUCUGGUCACUACGAGCACGUUAGCCAUGGGGGUCAAUCUCCCAGCCCAUCUGGUCAUCGUCAAGUCCACCAAGUGCUACGCCAACGGUGGCUUUACCGACUACACCGAAACGUCGCUCUCCCAAAUGAUAGGCAGGGCUGGAAGACCCCAGUUUGAUACCGAAGCGACAGCUUUGAUUCUCACCACAAUGAAAGACAAGGAAAAAUUCGAGAAGAUGAUAGGCGGCUUGCAGCCAGUAGAGUCCGAUUUGCAUAAGCAUCUAAUUGAGCAUUUGAACGCAGAGGUGGUGUUGCAGACCAUAACGGACCUUGAGGUCGCCAUGCGUUGGCUCUCUUCGACUUUUUUGUACAUCAGGGCGCGGAAGAAUCCGCGUUAUUAUGGCUUAACGUCUUCAGAUCCGUCUUCGAUAGACAGGAGGCUUCUAGAAAUGUGUCAAAUUGAGCUGAAUAAACUAAUUAAAGCGGGAAUGCUAACAAUAGAUCAAGAUGUCCUUCUCAAGGCGACCUCCGUGGGGGCGGCGAUGGCGAAGUAUUACCUCGCCUUCGAAACGAUGAAACUGUUCACGCAGAUCACCGGAGGCGAAAUCCUGCAGCAGAUUUUGGCGUUGAUAUCGAAAUGUCACGAAUUUUCAGAGAUGUAUUUGAGAGUCAACGACAAAAAGUGUCUGAAUUUGUUGAACAAGUGUCGCAAUAAGCAGACUAUUAGGUUUCCGUUGAACGGGAAAAUCAAGACUGUUGAUAUGAAAAUCAACUGUAUCAUUCAAGCCGUUCUAGGGUGUCUGGAUAUUUGUGACCAUUCGAUUUUGUCCGAAACGUUAAAAAUAAUGCGAAACGGCGAAAGAAUAGUUAAAUGUUUGAUCGAGUACCUCGAAUCUAAAGAUAAGUGUUUUCAGGCGUUGCUAAACGCUGUUAUUUUAUCAAAGUGUUUUAUCGUCAAGCUUUGGGAAAAUUCUCCCUUUGUUAGUAAGCAGUUGCCUGGGAUCGGGAAUGUUAUGUCGUCCCAGUUGGUCAACGCGGAGAAGACCACUUUUCAGUUGAUACUGGAGUGUGAUGCUAGAGAAAUUGAACUGAUAAUUAAUAAGAAGCCUCCAACCGGUAGUAAAAUUUUAAACCAAAUUCGCUAUUUACCCAAAUACGUCUUAAAAUUAGAACUUUGUGGCAAAAAUUCAAUCGCAACUCAUUGA